GCAUGGGGGAGGGGAGCACAAACUCCACUGUUUGGGUGGAGAAAGCAAAGGCCUCGCUGCGUUACACCUCCAGGCUUUCCUUGCUUCAGUUUCUGCCGCGGUCUUUGCAGAGUUGGGAGUCGUGACUCGGCACAGUUUUCUAGGAUGUGGUGCCACAGGUUGUCCCAUCUGCAAAGCCAGAUCCGGCACUUGCUGAAGGGAGGAGUCACACAUGAAACCUUUCAACAGCCCAACUUCAAAAGCUUAUUUUCACUACCCAUCCAUUGGCAUCAUACAUCCUCCAAAUCCCUGAAUUGUGCUUGGCAGCAACAUGAAGAUCACUUUGAACUGCAAUAUGCUAACACUGUGAUGCGCUUUGACUAUGUCUGGCUUCGAGACCACUGCCGUUCAGCAUCUUGCUACAACUCUAAAACUCACCAGCGCAGCCUGGAUACUGCCAGUGUGGACUUAUGGAUCAAGCCAAAGGCCAUUCGUCUGGAUGAGACUACACUUUUUUUCACUUGGCCAGAUGGUCAUGUGACUAAAUAUGAUUUGGAUUGGCUGGUGAAAAACAGCUAUGAAGGGCAGAAACAAAAGGUUAUCCAGCCUAGAAUAUUAUGGAAUGCUGAAGUCUACCAGCAAGCCCAAGUUCCAUCUGUAGAUUUCCAGAGCUUCUUAGAAACCAAAGAGGGACUGAAGAUGUUUCUACAAAACUUUCUGCUUUAUGGAAUUGCAUUUGUAGAAAAUGUCCCUGCCACUCAAGAGCACACAGAGAAGUUGGCAGAAAGGAUCAGCUUGAUCAGAGAAACCAUCUAUGGGAAGAUGUGGUAUUUCACUUCAGAUUUCUCCAGGGGUGACACAGCAUAUACCAAACUAGCUCUGGAUCGGCACACUGAUACUACCUAUUUUCAAGAACCCUGUGGCAUUCAAGUGUUUCACUGUCUUAAGCAUGAAGGAACAGGUGGCAGGACACUGUUAGUAGAUGGAUUCUAUGCAGCAGAACAGGUACUUCAAAAGGCACCUGAGGAAUUUGAGCUCCUCAGCAAAGUGCCAUUGAAGCAUGAAUAUAUUGAAAAUGUUGGAGAAUGUCACAACCACAUGAUUGGGGUUGGGCCAGUCUUAAAUAUCUACCCAUGGAAUAAGGAGCUGUAUUUGAUCAGGUGAGUAACAAAGGACUAUCCUCCACUAUAAUGUAUUUACCAAACAUCAAACUUCUAAUGUGAUGAUAAUUCCCUGGCACAUUUUAGUAUUACUAUUCUAUAGUUUUUUUAUUAUAGAAUACUUUAUAGUCUUACACUGCCUAUGAAUAAUAAAUAUGUCAGCAGAUAAAGAAUGUUUCAUUUGGAGAAAGGCAGGUAUUAAAAGUAGUAUUU